UCUAUCUGCCUGACUCUCCUUCCCUCCGCAGAGUCUCUCCUCUCGCACCACCUCAGUGCUACAGACCCCCUCUGUGACCAUGUCUGUCCGAGCCUUGAAGACCACCACCUACUCCACUAUGUCGACCUCCAGGGGCCCAAACCAGGGCUUCAGCAGCCGCUCCUUCUCUGGCUAUGGAGGCCGAGGUGUAGGGAGUGGCAGGCAGAGCUACGCUGUCCGCAGCUCCUAUGGAGGUGUGGGCAGCAGUGGUGCUGCUGUGGGUGCAGGCGGUUUUAAGGUAGCCGGUGGUUUUGUUGCUGGGGGAUCUGGACAAAGAGGAGGUGGACUGGAGUUUGGCUAUGUAGGCUAUGGUGGAGGGAUGGGAGGUGGCAUGGCCAAUGAAGUGGCUCAUGCCCCCAUCACAGCAGUGACCGUGAACAAGAGCCUGCUGGCCCCCUUGAACCUGGAGAUUGACCCCACCAUCCAGGCCGUCCGCACCCAGGAAAAGGAGCAGAUCAAGACCCUGAACAACCGCUUUGCCUCCUUCAUUGACAAGGUACGCUUCCUGGAACAGCAAAACAAAAUGCUUGAGACCAAGUGGAAACUUGUGCAGGAACAGACCACGUCUCGCUCCAACAUUGAUGCCAUGUUCGAAGCCUACAUUGCCAACCUACGUAAGCAGCUGGACAACUUGGGCCAUGAAAAAGUCAAACUGGAAUCUGACCUGAAUCACAUGACAGGCCUGGUUGAAGACUUUAAAACGAGAUAUGAGGAUGAGAUCAACAAGCGCAAUGAGUGUGAGAACAACUUUGUCCUCAUAAAGAAGGACACAGACGCAGCCUACAUGACCAAAGUGGAGCUGGAGGCCAAAGUAGACGGCCUCUCUGAUGAGAUAGAGUUCCUGAGGCAGAUCUAUGAUGCAGAAAUCAGUGAGCUGCAGAGCCAGAUCAAGGACAUAUCUGUUGUGGUGGAGAUGGACAACAGCCGUAAUCUCGACAUGGAUGCCAUUGUUGCUGAAGUGCGUGCCCAGUAUGAGGACAUUGCCAACAGAAGCAGAGCAGAGGCAGAAUCAUGGUACCAGAACAAGUACGCAGAGAUGCAGCAGUCAGCAGGUAAAUAUGGUGACGACCUGAAAUCAACCAAGGCUGAGAUCGCUGACAUGAACCGCAGAAUAAUGAGGCUCCAGUCUGAAAUCGAAAUGGUUAAAGCUCAGCGAAACAGUUUGGAAGCUCAGAUUGCAGAGGCUGAGGAACGCGGUGAACUGGCAGUGAAGGAUGCUAAACUCCGCAUCAGAGACUUGGAGGAAGCUCUUCAGAGAGCCAAGCAGGACAUGGCACUGCAAGUCCGCCAAUACCAGGAACUGAUGAAUGUGAAGCUGGGCCUGGACAUUGAGAUUGCAACAUACAGGAAACUGCUGGAAGGAGAGGAGAGCAGACUAGCAACUGGAAUCAAGACCAACGUGUCUAAGCAGACUUCUUUGAACUACAAUGCCUACGGCCUGGAAAGUUCCCGCACUCCGUCCUACGUCAGCAGUUCUUUUGAUGGACUCAGGGCUGGCAGCGGUUCUGCGUCUGCCUUCGAGGGAGCAGCGGUGAAGAGCACCACAGUCACCAAGACCGAAACUACAGUGAUCAAGACCGAGGAGAAGAAAGAGGAGGAGAAGAAGGUGGAGGAGGAAGAGAAGAAGGAGGAGGAGCAGCAGGAAGUAGCUGAGGAGGUGGCUGCUGAGGAGAAGAAGGAGCAGGAGCAGGUGGAGGCUGAAGCUGUGGCUGAAGAGUGAAAUUUUUAACAUCUUCUGACGGAAUUAUGAUUUUGGAGAUAAACAAAAAGCACACCCUCUCUGCCUGUUAUCCAGAUCUUUAAAAGUUACCAUAUAACAGGCGUGUUUCAGCUGUAAGAGGUGUAAACACAUUUCCAUCUUUAAGGAAGUGCUGCUAAUGGAUGUUUUGAAAAAUUUGUAGGUUAGCAAACCCUUCAGUCUGACUCACUGCCAGUUGUUCACCUGUGUCUUUUCACAUGUAUUCAGCCAGCAGGUGGCGGUGUUACACCUGUUUUCACCUGUUGCAUCUGAUCUACACCUAUCCAACACCAAGCACUGCUCUCACAGCAACCCACCACGAAGUAAUUCACAAUGUAAUAAAACAAGUAAUAAAAAAUGUUUGAGUUUGGAGAGAAAUAAACUACUGCCGUGCUGAACCUAUUACACCAAACCUGCAGUACUUAGACAAUUCAGUAGUGAUUAAGUCACAAAAGCCCUCGUGACUUCUGCUUUAGAAAAACCUUGUUGGCAACACCUAGAGUCUUGUUUGCACAGCAAUAAACUUUCAAACAAAAAUCUA